UAAUUGUAUAAUGAUUUAGAUUUGACAAGCAUGGCUCUGUUGUGCUGUGACGUCUGGAGAGAAAAUGCUGCCCGCUCUGCGUCGGAGGUUGCAGAGCUCCCUCUUCUUUCCAACUUGUUUUUUUCCCUUUUCCUUUUGCUUUUCUUUCUUUCCUUUUCUUGUACUGACUUUUUUGACAACGACGACAAGAACAACCACUACCAAAACGCCCCUACAUUUACACUUUAUAUUAAUACAGCAAAGAAACACGACAUAUAUAUCUACGCUAUAAUCAUUCCAAAUCUACCAUGCUUAAUAGUCAUAAACAACCACCUAUUCAGCGACUAUCACCAGAACUGACACUCCAGCUUGUACUCUGUCUGGAAGCACGAGACGUGGUCGCGCUUGCUUUGACAUGCAAACAUUUCUACGAUUUUCUCUUAAAGAAUGACAGUGUAUUUGCUCGACUCGUUGAACGAGAUUACGGAAUCAACUAUAAGCGCACGGAUGGCGAUCAAACCUGGCAGAGUUUCUACAAGGAUCUGUGUACGCGUAACGCUCCAAUCUGCUGCCGCCAUCUCUCUCGAGUGCCAGACGAGCCCAAUGAAACGAAACGCGUCAUUUAUCGAGCAGCAUUACAAACCACCGUUCGUUGCGACUUUUGUCAUUCCGAAGACGCUGUUUUUCUUUCAAUGAGCCCUUUUUCGGAAAGUCAAGCGUGUCGCUCGUGUGUAAAAGUCAAGACUACCGAAGAACCAUUCCCCGUUCAAUUAGAAGUUGCAACAGGAAAUUUGUGGUGUAUGGAUGAUACAUGCUCACGCAAGCUUGGAGAUGAAGAAGCAAACUUGAACGAACAACACAAGGUCAAGACGGUAAUGAACAACCUCAAGGAUGAAAAGGAAGGAUCACUAGACCGUCGACGCAAAGCCGAACACCUACUUUACGUCCAAGAGCUCCGAAGAGAGGACAUGAAAUUGAAACACUAUCUGGUGGAGAAGCAAUGGGGAAGAACUUGGAUGUUAUUCCGAACACGCGAAGGCUCACCCUUACCAGGCAAAAUCUCGAAUCACAAGCUUGCUCGAAGCAAUGGCUCACUGGAUCCCAGCAUAAGAUUGCCCAAUGACAAGUAUCGUCCUUCUCCAGAAACGCAUGCGGACAUCGUCAGUGAAAAGCUGUGGUUGUAUUUACAAAAGGCAUAUGGGGUUCAAGGCAAAGCAUACAGUGAAGAUGAUUUGCAAUAUCCGGAAUACGGUCGAUUGAGAGCAUACAUUGAUGAUUUCAAAACAAGCAUCUUGGCUUACCCUUAGUUGUUCUAUUUCCUUAUGUACGAUAAUGUUACCACUUUUUCUUCCUUCGUUUGUCCCACUAAAACAACCAAUUCCCUCGUACUUUAUUUUUUCUUACUAGAAAAACCAGGAUAUGCAAAGUGUGUAUAUAUUGUUUGGAGCGAAAGAGAGCAAGCCAGGGAUGUGUGUGUGCUUUGCU